UCCCAUCGUCUUGUGUAAACAGUGCUGUGAUGUUUGUCAGGUUGGAGGCGGUGCACUGCGGCUGUUACCCUCUGUGUCCAAAGGCGCUGGUGUAUCCUGAGAUCUUCCCAGCAGAGUACCUGUACUCCACACCUGAGCAGCUCUGUAAACGUCUGCAGGGGCUCUGCAGGAGGCCCCACCUCGCCCGUAGACACGUUGUCAAGGUGGACACGUCCUCUUUCUCCUGGACGUCUCUGAAGGAGCGUUUCCAGACUCUGCUGGCAGCUGAGUGUCCCUGAGUGUCCCCGCCCUCACCUGCUGAGUCUGGUUGGAGGAGGAGGUCUCUGCCAGGACGCCGUCAGUCCUGACUCUGCGACACGUCCCGCAGAAAGCACCUCAGCACCCUCUGAGCCCAGAGAGCAGGGCGGGGGGACGGAGACACCGAGUCUGGACCUGUAAAUGUCCUCCUGCUCUCUUCCAUGUGUGUGAUUAGAGAGGAGGCGAGGGAGAGGGGAGGAGGAGGAGGAGGAGGAGGAGGAAGAAGAAGAGAGGAGGAGGGGUAUAUAUCUUGUACAUCAAUAUCUGUGUAUUAAUAUCUGUACAUCAAUAUCUGUGUAUUAAUAUCUCCGAUACUUCCACCACCGCCGUCCUCACUACACGGCACUGACGGCAGCAGUGUGAGACAUUCAGAGGAACAACCAGAACCCAUGUAUCAUGUUAACACACACACACAUACACACACACAGUGAACACACACACACACAGUGAGUGUGUGUAUUAACGGACCAAUGAGACACUGUAAUUCCUCUGAACUUUACAAAGUGUUCAGUAAAAACUUUAUUGGUCUGCUGUUCUGGAGUGACGAUGUCAUCAGGCGGUGACCUUAGCCACCUCAGUUAUCUUCCUCAUACGUUUUUUCUCAUCGAGCAGAUCCACACAAACCACCGUCUGCAGAGUCAUCACACUUCUGACGAACUUCUCUGUAUCGGGAAAAUAUUCUGACACUUUCACUGAUUUACCAAACGUUUCAUCAAGGAAACCGUUACUCUCCUCCAGCAUGUGCAGCUCUCCACUGUACGACUGAGAGUCAGAGUCAGUGUCAUACUCCAUCUCCUCCUCACCUGCUGCACCUCCCACAGCAGGAGCAGUAGCAGCAGGAGCAGUAGCAGCAGGAGCAGUAGCAGCAGCAGUAGCAG